AUGUCUUUCCGUUGCGGAGGGACAAAUGCAUCAUCGGGCAUGGGUGUUGCUGACCACAGCAAGAGCACAUACAUGGAGUUGCAGCGGAAGAAGGUACACCGCUAUGUGAUAUUCAAGAUUGACGAGAAGAAAAAGGAAGUCGUGGUUGAGAAGACGGGUGGGCCCGCCGAGAGUUAUGAGGACUUUAUGGCAUCCCUGCCUGAGAGUCCCCAUGCAUCUCUCGAAUUCGUUCAAAGAUGCUUUACGCCACAUCCAAGGGAAUGUUUAGGCGAGAGCUUGUGGGCAUACACUACGAGAUCCAAGCAACUGACCCAACCGAGAUGGACCUUGACGUCAUCAGAGAACGUGCUAAUUGAGAGUCCUGUCGUUGCACAGGCUCCUUUUGUUCUCAUGAUGCUUCCCGAUGGAAAGUGUCUCUGA